UUCAGUACGGAUAAACCUCCGAGUAUGAAGGAUUUGUUCGAAGCUAGUUUGAUGGAUGUUAUCGAUGAGAAUGGAGAGAGAGUGAGGUUUGGGGAUCUGGUCAGGGGUAAGAGAACGAUAGUGGUUUUCAUCAGACAUUGGUACUGCCCUCUCUGUGCGCAAUACCUCAACUCGAUCAUUUCUCAGGUAUCUCCCCAAGCUCUUGAAAAAGCCAAAGUGGAUUUGGUGAUCAUCGGGAAUGGUAGUUACAAAAUGUUAGCAGGUUACAAAAAAUCAUUCCGAUGUCCAUUCCCAAUUUACACCGACCCUUCUUUGACCCUCUACCGAAUUCUCGGUCUAACACGUCAAACCACUUCCACCGGACCUUCAUCUUCUUCUGGAGAUUACCUAGUUCAAACACCUUUACAAUCAACCGCUCAAACUUUAAAAAGAGCGACUAAAAUGUCAAUCUCCUCUCCUGGUUCUUUCUCCCAAAUAGGAGGAGAAUUCAUUUUCGACGGUCCUCUUCAUGUUUCUUUCGCUCAUAGGAUGAAAUAUACAAAAGAUCAUGCUCCUAUUCGAGAUGUAUGUGCUAGAGCUGGGGUUAAG